AUGAGCUGAGGCGUUGCUUUGGGUUCAGCAACUGGCUAUUUUCAUGUAAAAGUCGCGGGUAGCUGGACCCUUUUUGCCGAUGCACGAUUAUAUGUGUUAAGCAAAGCCGGAAUGUUGCAGCUACAGUAGUUUAUUUUCUCCCUCUGGUCCCCAGCUACAACCACAGGCACAAUAUAAGUGUUUGCAAAGGGAAUGAAUACAUCUGCUCUAUAAUCUAUCAUCUAGUGACAGUUUGGGUGCAGGAAGGAAGAUGCAUCGCUCCUUUUGUGGUCUCCUGUACCAAUGUGGUGUGAUUUGGCUUUCCACACAUCAUAGAUACCUACUUUGGUUUCCUCAAAGCAGAAAGGUCGUUUGCACGCAGAACUUAGUGUCAAGUAAUUCCCACCACCACUCCAUCAAUAUCAUGACAAAAAUGAGGUUGCUAACCGAGUCUUCUCUGGAAUCCAGCCAACUGGGGUCCCUCAUCUAGGAAACUACCUCGGAGCUAUAGAAAGCUGGGUGAGGCUGCAAGAUGAAUACAACUCCAUUCUGUAUAGUAUUGUGGACCUGCACUCCAUCACUAUUCCUCAGGACGCUGGCACACUCAGGCAAAACAUUCUCGACAUGACAGCCAGUCUCUUGGCAUGUGGUAUUAACCCUGAGCAAUCAGCCCUAUUUCAACAAUCGAAGAUCUCCGAACAUACAGAAUUAGCUUGGAUCCUGUGUUGUCUGACGAGUAUGCCACGAUUACGUCAUUUACCUCAGUGGAAGAUGAAAAGCUCUGGUCAGAAGGAUGAAGGAAGUUUGGGACUGUUCACUUACCCAGUCCUGCAGUCCGCAGAUAUUCUGUUAUACAAGUCAACCCAUGUACCUGUUGGAGAGGAUCAGAUACAACACCUGGAGUUGGCGCAGGAUAUAGCUCGAAUCUUCAACAACCAAUAUGGCUAUUUUUUUCCUAUACCAAAAGCUAUUCUAAGUGAAACUAAAAAAAUUAAAUCAUUGAGAAACCCUGUUGCAAAGAUGUCAAAGUCCGAUCCUCAAAAGUUGGCGACUGUAAAUAUCACUGAUUCACCCGAGGAGAUAUUAUUGAAGUUUCGCAAAGCAGUAACAGACUUCACCUCUGAAGUAACGUAUGACCCAGAGACACGUCCAGGGGUAUCAAACCUAGUAGCAGUGCACACAGCAGUGACUGGAAUGACUGUCAGGGAGAUUUUGCGUCUAAGCAAAGGGCUGGACACUGCACGCUACAAGUAUGUGGUGGCUGAGGCAGUCAUUGAGAAAUUUGCACCAAUAAAGAAUGAAAUUGAAAAACUAAGAGUUGAGGAAGGCUUCCUGGAGCAAGUCUUAAACCGUGGAGCUGAAAAAGCAAAAGAAUUGGCGGGCCUCGUAUACCAUGAUAUCCGAAAGCUGGUUGGCUUUAGCUAACCGUCUAUCAAUUAUGAAAUCUAGCUUCUGGUUUAUGUAGCAUGAUGGCAAAAUGUGUUUGAAGCAAUAACCUUGUGGAUGAGUUAAUCAUGGUGUAUUUAAAAUGUGGUCAGUGAUUACUUAAGAUAUAAACAUAUUUAGGAUCUGCACUGGUUAUCAUUUACUGAGUAUAGAGUUUGUUGAUCAUAGUUGGUAUAAUUCUGAGAUCUUAAAUGAUAUGUACCAUUUUUAAAAGAAUGAAUCUAGUAGAAUCUGUUGGUUGGCUGGGAAAUGGGCUAUGCCCAAAAUCACAUGACUUAGGAAUAAAAAUAAGAUUUUUAACACGCCUGUCAAAACCAAACUGGAUUCAAUCUAGUUUCCAGUGAAGGUGUAAGUAUGCAAUCGCACUGCAUUAUAAGAAAUUGGAGCAGGAGUUUUGGCACCAACUGCUCUCCCCUGCACACCCCUUUCCCCCCAAAUUCUCAUUUCUCUUGAUUCCCUUGGUAUCAAAAAAUCUAUUAAUCAUGGUCUUAAUUAUAUUUAAGAACCGAGCAAUCACACCCUAUGGGGUAGAGAAUUACAUAGAUUCACAAUUCUCUGAGUGAAGAAAUUUCUUAUCUCAGUCUUAAAUGGCCUUAUUCUGAGAUGAUGACCGCAAAUUCUAGACUCUCCAGCCUCUCAGCAUCAACUCUGUCAAACCCUCUAAGAAUGUUGUAUGUUUAAAUUAGAUCACCUCUCAUUCUUCUGAACUCCAGAGAAUAUAGGCCCAUUCCAUUCUGUCUCUCCUCUUAAGACAGCCCUCUCAUGUCAGGAAUCAACUUAGUGAACCUUUUUUAUACCCAUUCCAAGGCUAGGAGACCAAACAGUACACAGUACAUCAGGUAUGAUCUCUCCAAAGCUUUAUAUGAUAGCAGCAAGACUUCCCUACUCUUAUACUGCAACCCCUUGUAAUAGAAAUAUGAAUUACCUCCUAAUUGUUACAUGUUAGCUUUCUAUGAUUUGUGCCAAAUCCCUCUGAAUACCAUUAUUUACUAAUUUUUAAAAAAUAUUCUGCUUCUCCAUUUUUCCUAUCAAAGUGGAUAGUUUUACACAUGCCCACCUGUAAUCCACACUGUAAAGUGUUCCUCUCUGAAUUGGAUUAGCACGAAUGUUCUAAUGAAAACUAUGAUGGUCCAAAA